AUGUCAUCCGCACCAGAAAUUGCAACAGAGGCAGUUUUGGUGAAGAGUGAUCCAAUGCCAGAGAGUUCAGAGAUCGUGAGAGGGUAUGAUUUCAGUGAAGGGGUUGACUACCACAAACUGUUUGAAUCGAUGAGUCGGACUGGCUUUCAGGCAACAAGCCUUGGCCAAGCAAUAACAGAAAUUAAUAGAAUGAUUGACUGCAAAUUUCAGUCCAUCCCAGAGGAGCAAAGAACAGAAAUUAAUCUGAACCCAUGUGGUAGAGAGCCAAGCAAUUGCACUAUCUUCCUCAGUUACACAUCCAAUUUGAUGUCAGCUGGCACUCGUGAAGCAAUUCGCUACUUAGUCCAACAUAAUAUGGUUGAUUGCCUUGUCUCAACUGCUGGCGGAAUUGAGGAAGAUUUUAUCAAGUGUCUAGCUCCCACUUUUGUGGGAGACUUUGCUCUGUCAGGGCGGGAGCUACGAAAGAAAGGAAUAAACAGAAUUGGAAAUUUGCUUGUACCCAACUCCAAUUAUUGCCUGUUUGAGGACUGGGUGCUACCAAUCCUAGACAGCAUGGUUGAUGAACAGAAGGAGGUGGGAAUUAAUGUGUGUCUUUUUGUGUUAACUAAUGAUGAUGGGAAAGAGAUUGACAAUCCAAAUUCUGUCUACUACUGGGCAUAUAAGAAUAACAUUCCAGUAUUUUGUCCAGCCUUGACAGAUGGAUCUCUGGGUGACAUGAUCUACUUUCACUCAUACCAGAAACCAGGACUAGUUAUUGACAUAGUUCAAGAUAUUCGGCUAAUAAACACCCAAGCUGUGCAUGCCGUCAACACAGGGAUGAUUAUACUGGGAGGAGGACUUAUCAAACAUCACACAUGUAAUGCUAAUCUGAUGAGAAAUGGGGCUGACUUCUCAGUGUUUGUGAAUACAGCCAGUGAGUUCGAUGGAAGUGACUCUGGGGCUCGUCCAGAUGAAGCUAUUUCUUGGGGGAAAAUCAAACUUACAGCAAAACCUGUCAAGGUUUAUGGUGAUGCAACUAUAAUGUUCCCAAUUCUGUUGGCCGAAACAUUUGCCAGACGAGAAGCGGAAUUCAAGGAUUACUUUAUGAAAGAUAAAUAA